CGAUGAUAGACAGAGCCCAGUAGAGAGGUUCACCGUGCUGUCAGCAUUAAUGGGUCACCUCUGUAAUCUUUACCAGUUAACGUGAAAGAGAGAGAAAAAUACUCCCAAAAAAAAUAAGCGAACUUUUUUAACAAAAAGAAAAGAAAUUAACACCCUUUUAAUUUUUAUAUAUUUUUUUCUUUCAAAAGAAAAGGGAGAGCGUGGGAGAAUAUAGAUCCAAAAAUCUCUGAAUUUUAGAGAGAGAAAGUGAGUCAAUCACAGUCAUUCUACUCAUUUUUUUACCAACUCUCACCAACUGUAGUUGAGUUUUUGAGGAUUAAUUCUCUAAUUUUUUGGAAUAUUUUAGCUUUCUUGGUGAAAUUUUUUCCAGUUUUUUUUGUACCCAUUUGCAGAUUUAAGGUCUGUGAUUAAUGUUCUGGUGAAUCUGGUGAAAGUUUGGUAAAUUUUGAGGAAAUUGUUGUUAUUUUGUCAUUUAAGGCUGAAUUAGUUGUGGGGUUGUUCAGAUUUGGCAGUUGAUUGAGUAUAUGGUUCAGAUUUGACUGUUGGUUGAGAUUUCUUGUAAGAGUUUUGAAACCCUGGAAUUUAUAUUUCACCAUAGUAGAGGAAAAGUAUUGGAAAGUUUCGAUCUUUAAGUGUAUUAGAUUAGAUGGCUGCUUGGAAAUGGAAGAAUCAGCAAAUUAGGCAUUGAAAUUAGUAAGUGGAAGAGGGUGAGAGACAUUUAGAUUGAAAAUCAAUGGAAGAUUUGUCCAAAUAUGCUCAUAGCCCAGCUCAUCUAGCUGUUAUGCGCCGAGAUUAUGCGGGUUUAAAGCGUAUAAUUUCGUCCCUUCCUAGACUAGCUAAGGCAGGAGAGGUUACUACUGAAGAUGAGUCUAUUGCUGCUGAGCUUCAGGCUGAUGAGCUUUCUGCUACGAUUGAUCGACGUGAUGUUCCUGGCCGGGAGACUCCGUUGCAUCUUGCGGUGCGUUUGAGGGAUCCUACAUCAGCAGAAAUUUUGAUGGCUGCUGGUGCUGACUGGAGUUUACAGAAUGAGAAUGGAUGGAAUGCUCUCCAAGAAGCUGUUUGUACAAGAGAGGAGCAGAUUGCUAUGAUAAUUGCGAGGCACUACCAGCCUCUUGCUUGGGCUAAAUGGUGCCGUAGGCUUCCUCGAAUUGUUGCCUCAGCAUCUAGGAUUCGUGAUUUCUACAUGGAAAUAUCAUUCCAUUUUGAGAGUUCUGUUAUUCCUUUCAUUGGCCGGAUUGCCCCGUCAGAUACUUAUCGUAUUUGGAAACGUGGGUCUAACCUACGCGCUGACAUGACUCUUGCGGGCUUUGAUGGGUUCCGUAUUCAACGUUCUGACCAGACGUUUUUAUUCCUCGGAGAUGGCUACUCUUCGGAGGAUGGGAAGGUGUCUUUGCCUUCAGGCUCAUUAAUUGUCCUUGCUCACAAGGAGAAAGAAAUCACCAAUGCUUUGGAAGGAGCUGGUGCUCAACCGUCAGAAUCUGAAGUUGCCCAUGAAGUAACGUUGAUGUCUCAAACUAACACAUAUAGACCAGGCAUUGAUGUCACACAGGCUGAGCUUGUUCCUCAAGUGAACUGGAGGCGACAGGAGAGAAGUGAGAUGGUUGGAAAUUGGAAGGGUAAAGUGUAUGACAUGCUUCAUGUAAUGGUGAGUGUGAAGUCUAGAAGAGUUCCUGGUGCUAUGACUGAUGAGGAGCUUUUUGCUGCUGAUCCUGAAGAUAAGCUUGCUAAUGGGGGUGAGCAUGAUGAUUUUGAUGACAUAUUAACUGUUGAAGAAAGAAAACAACUAGAUUCUGCUCUUAUGGGAUAUUCCGAGGGUAAUGGCGAGGAUGAUGAGCAUGGUGAUGCUGACUGUCACGAAAGUGGAUUAGGGUCUGCUUUUGAAAAUGGUGAUUCAAAUGGUAACGGUAAAGAGAAGAAAGGUUGGUUUGGCUGGAACAAGAAGAACUCCAAAAGUGCCAAUGAUGAUGCUGAGGAUGCAAAGACAUUAAAGAAAUUCUCAAAGCUUGCUCCUGAAGGGGGCAGCCUAAAACAUAUUGAUUCUCAAAAGGAUGACGCAAGUGAUCCAAAGAAAGGAAAAGAUAAGAACAGCAAGAAGAAAAAGAAGAAAGGGCCAACCAGUGAGUCUAAGCAUGAGAGUGAAUACAAGAAGGGUUUGAGACCUGUUCUGUGGUUGACCCCAGAUUUUCCUUUGACAACCGAGGAGCUUUUGCCAUUGCUAGAUAUACUAGCGAAUAAGGUUAAGGCUGUUAGGAGACUUCGAGAACUUUUAACCACUAAGCUACCAUCUGGGACAUUCCCUGUCAAGGUCGCCAUCCCAAUUGUUCCAACAAUUAGAGUAGUUGUCACAUUCACAAAAUUUGAGGAACUCCAGCCUAUAGAAGAGUUCUCAACACCUCUUUCUAGUCCAGCUCAUUUUCAAGAAGGCUCAAAAUCGAAAGACUCAGAGGGGUCCUCUUCUUGGAUCUCAUGGAUGCGAGGAAGUCGUGGUGGGCAAUCAAGUGAUGGUGAGAGCCAAAGUCAUCGCUAUAAAGAUGAAAAUGACCCUUUUAGUAUUCCAGCGGACUACAAUUGGGUUGAUGCCAAUGAGAAGAAACGUCGCAUGAAAGCUAGAAAAGCUAAGAGCAAGAAAAACCGUAGACCAACAACAGCACCCAAAAAUGGGGAUAUUGGACAACAAUUGAGUGAGGAAGUGGAGUAAUAUCUGCAAGGAAUGAUGUCUGUAUCAAGUGAAGAGACUCCCGUUCAAGGUAGAGGUAAAAAUCUCUCCUUAUGUGCACUCAAAACAUUAGACCAAGUGAUGGAAUGUUACAUGCUGUUGUGAAAGAGAGGGAGGGAGGCUGCAGGGCAAUUCUUGUUGACCCCAAAUGGCGCUUCUUCAUGCUGUUGUGUUCUGUUAUGUGAUGUGAAAUUCGUGAAGUAAAAGCUACCAUGUUUCUUGAUAGCAUUGUUUUUGUUCUAACCUUCGUUUUUCCUCCCUUAGACCAGUGUUAUGUAUCUAUUUAUUAUUUUUCUCACCCACAAGGCAUUUGUUUGUUUCGUAAGUUUUUGUUCAUCAAUGUUAAAUUGAUCGUUGUUUGUACUUACUUUGAUGUGUAGUUUAGGGAUCACAUCAAUGUAGCUUGAUGGCGACAGAUCCGCUGAUAUGUUACUUCGUUGAAAAGCUUGCUGACUUAUCUUUCUUGGUGCUAAAUUGCUUUUGCAAGUGUUACUAGCUACGUUGCCAA